AUGGACAUCGUUGCCUUUUACACUUCAAGGAAAAUAGGUGGCGUGGUCCAAAGUGUUCCCAGCAAGCGGCGGUCCCAUGAAGACCUGACGCGUGGUCUGACGGGGGCCAUCGUCGCCCUCUCAUCCGUCUCCCCUCACUGCGCCCUCCCCUCACUGCGCCCUCCCCUCACUGCGCCCUCCCCUCCUCAGAUCGGCUCCUGCACCACAGAGACCAGGCUUCUGCUUUGGUUUUCCACGGUGAACGAGAUCUACCACGACCAGUCGCUGGGAGUGCGCAUCAACGUGGUUCUGGUCAGGAUCAUCAUGCUGGGAUUUGGCAAGUCCAUGAGUCUGAUCGAGCUGGGGAACCCGUCCCAUAGUCUUGAGAACGUGUGUCGCUGGGCCUUCCUGCAGCAGAAGCCGGACACCGGGGACGCUGAGUACCACGACCACGCCAUCUUCCUCACCCGGCAGGAGUUCGGCCCCACCGGCAUGCAGGGUUACGCCCCGGUGACGGGCAUGUGUCACCCAGUGAGGAGCUGCACUCUGAACCACGAGGAUGGCUUCUCCUCGGCCUUCGUGGUGGCUCACGAGACGGGGCACGUGCUGGGCAUGGAGCAUGACGGGCAGGGCAACCGCUGCGGAGAUGAGGUGCAUAUGGGCAGCAUCAUGGCUCCGCUGGUCCAAGCCGCCUUCCACCGCUUCCAGUGGUCCAGAUGUAGCAUGCAGGAGCUGGGACGCUACCUCCACUCCUACGACUGCCUCCGGGACGACCCCUUCGACCACAACUGGCCCUCGCUGCCCUCGCUGCCCGGCCUGCACUACUCCAUGAACGAGCAGUGCCGCUUCGACUUCGGCGUGAACUACACCAUGUGUACCGCGUACCGGACCUUCGACCCGUGCAAGCAGCUGUGGUGCAGUCAUCCAGAAAACCCCUUCUUCUGCAAGACCAAGAAAGGCCCCCCCAUCGAUGGAACGAGGUGUGGCGAUGGAAAGAACUGCUUCAAGGGCCACUGCAUCUGGCUGACCAACGACCUCCUCAAGAAGGACGGGGGCUGGGGCGCCUGGAGCGAGUUCGGCCAGUGCUCUCGGACCUGCGGGGGGGGCGUUCAGUUCCGCACGCGCCAAUGUGACAAUCCCAGUCCGACCAACGGGGGCCGCUCCUGCAUGGGCUCCAUCUACCAGUUCCAGAUGUGCAGCCUGGAGGAGUGUGACGACAUCUACAGCGACGCCCGCGAGGACCAGUGCCGGGCGCUGGAGGCACGCUUCGAGUUCCACAGCAACAUGCACCACUGGCUGCCCUACGAACACACCGACCCGAACAAACGCUGCCACCUGCACUGCAGGUCCAAGGAGAGCCGGGACGUGGUGUACAUGCAGAGAAUGGUCCUGGACGGAACACGCUGCUCCUACAAGGACCCCCACAGCGUGUGCGUGCGAGGAGAGUGUGAGAAAGUGGGCUGUGACGGCGUGGUGGGCUCGUCCAAGCAGGAGGAUAAGUGCGGCGUGUGUGACGGGGACAACUCCAGCUGCAAGACCGUUAAGGACACCAUCAACCGCAGCGCCAAGAAACAAGGUUUCCUUAAAGUUCUGGAGAUCCCCACGGGAGCCAGACAUCUCCUCAUCCAGGAGUAUAAAGCCAGCGCACACCUCUUAGCGGUGAAGAACCGGGCGUCGGGGAUGUUCUUCCUGAACGGGGAUAACGAUUACCCAGAAUCCCGUUCGGUCAUAGAGAAAGGCGUGGAGUGGGAGUACGACAACGACAACGGCAAGGAGACGCUGCAGACCAACGGGCCCCUCACGCACGGAGUCCUCAUCAUGAUGCAGCUGCACGGGGACGAGGACGUGAACCUGUCCUACAAGUACAUGAUGAGCAUGGACCCAGUGAUCGAGGACAACAUGGUGGCGGAGGACGCCGCCUACGAGUGGGCCCCCAAGAGGUGGUCCUACUGCUCCAAGCUCUGCGGUGGAGGUAAACAGUACCUGCGCUACGGCUGCCGAAGACGGGCGGACAGUAAGAUGGUUCACAAGACGUCCUGUAACAAGUCCAACAUGAAGCCCAGGGGAGACAUCCGGGACUGCAACCAGAAGCCCUGCCCCCCCCCCAUCUGGGUGACCGGGGAGUGGCAGAACUGCAGCAAGUCCUGCGGCAAGACGGGGCAGCAGAUGCGCUCGGUGAGCUGCGUGCAGCCGUCGGACAACAACACCACGCGCUCCAUCCACAGCAAGCACUGCAACGACGGCCGCCCGGAGGCCCGGCGCAGCUGCAACCGCCACCCCUGCCCCGCCCAGUGGAGGGUGGGGCCCUGGACCAAGUGUUCGGUGAUGUGUGGUAACGGGACCCAGCAACGCCAGGCCCUGUGCCACACCAGGGACAACACCAUCGGCCUGUGUCUGGAAAGCAAGCCGGACACCAUCCGCGUCUGUCGCAUGGACCCCUGUCCCAAGGGUUCGUCCGACCUGAACAAGAACGGCAACAUCCUGAUCCAGUGGCUGUCCCGGCCCCACCCCCACUUCCCCCUCCAGAAGACCAGCUUACGUCAGCGUUGCCAUGGAGACCGAACAGUGUUCUGUCGCAUGGAAGCGCUGAAGCGCCACUGCUCUCUGCCUAGCUACCAGCGCAUGUGCUGCAAGUCCUGCAGCAACGUCACCCUCCUCGUACCCUUCUCCACCACCAGCUCCACCCCCAACACCUCCGCUCCGCCCGCCGUCACCACCGACCAUCCCACCAGCAGUCCGGGCGUUGUGCUAAGCACCUCCACCACCUUGACCCCCACCAUCACCGCGACUUUGUCUCCCAUUCCAUCUUCACUCUCCAACUCUAGGGCCCCGACCCAAACCCCCCUGCCCUAUGCCUCGUCAACCACCUCCGUAGCACCUGUAACCUCUGCUGGCAUCAGCUCCACCAAAGGCACCACCAGCUUUCCCCCCAUUGCUAGCACCAUCCCCACCAUUCCUGGCACCACUAUGUCCACCAUUCCUGGCACCAGUAUUCCAACCAUUCCUGGCAACAUGCCCACUAUUCCUGGCACCACAAUCCCCACCAUUCCUGGCACCACCAUGUCCACUAUUCCUGGCACCACCAUGUCCACCAUUCCUGGCACCACCAUGUCCACCAUUCCUGGCACCACCAUGUCCACUAUUCCUGGCACCACCAUGUCCACCAUUCCUGGCACCACCAUGUCCACCAUUCCUGGCACCACCAUGUCCACCAUUCCUGGCACCACCAUGUCCACCGUUCCUGGCACCAUCACGUCCUCUAUGGCCUCCUCCACUCUUAGCUUCAUGACGACUUCCCCGCUGAUCCUCACUGGGCGCGUCCCUACAGGUUCAGCUCCACUCGUGACUCCACCAGAUGACGAGGAAGGCCCUACACGCCUGACACCAAUGACCACUGCCCUGGCCGCUAGAGAGCUAGGGCCCCAAAGCCCCGCACAGAGCCAGGUGACGCUCCCACCACGUCCGAAGAAGAAGCCUAAGACGAAGAAGGACAAUAAAAAAGCCCUGUUGCCCAAGAAGUACGGUGUUCCCAAGAACAAGACCAAGAAGGUAGUUCCAGCCAAGAUUAAACCCAAAAAGAAUAUUUUGCCCAAACGUGUGAUAAAAGAAAUGGUCACACCGUUGACGACUCACAAACAAAAUACUUCAUCAAAAGUAAAGCCCAAAAAGAAAACGGUGCAAAAGACCAAACUUCCCAAAAUUGCUAAACCGAAGAAUACACUGAAAUCCAAAACCAAAGUGGUCAACAAGAAAGAUGGGACCAAGAAGAUCUCCAAAGAGAAGAAAAAGCCUCCAAAACAGAAGAAUCCAAAGAAGAAAAUGUCUCCAAUGGGCUCAUACUACAGCACAACCACGAUGAACCCUACCAGCCCAGGGGGUUAUCGUUUCUCCACCAUCUCCUUCAGCGCAACCCUCUCCGCCAACACUCCCAGCACGCCUCCGCCCCAGUCCACCACCAACAUCACCAUCGUUCCCAACAUCACAGACACGGCCAGCGAGCAUCCACUUUGGCACUUCGACCGCAGCCAUCCUGAGACCAGUACUCCCAGCAUGCUUCACUUUGACGAGGUCAUAACAGCAUCCACGGGAACCGUUUACUUUGACGACGUUGCGACGCCCAGCGGCACGAUGUCCGCAGCGUUCCCGGACUCCGGCGACGCCACGGUGUCGAGUGGGACCGUCCUCUACGACGACGACGUGGUCGCCGUGCAGAACCCCUACGGUGGCGUCGCCAUUGUGACCGGCGGCACAACGGUGCUGGAGGAUGGCCUCACGGGGUCCAUCUCCCCCGGUUACUAUGACGACGUCACCGCGGGUUUGACCACGCCCCCUUGGCCAGGCGACCUUUCAGAGGAAUACAUCCCGGUCCGGGUUCCCCUUGUUCUCGUGACGGCCGUACCCCCGGAUGUUACCAUCUCCACCGUGGCUACCACAACAACAACAACAACAACAACGACAACGACAGCCACACAGAGGAGCGAGCAGAGGAAGGAGGAGAACAACUCGGUGGAGGACGUGGAGUACGACCGCGUCGUCGGCGCGGACAUCGGAGACGUCUCCCGGAACAACCAGAUAGGCCGGCGACGGGUCAACUUCCGGGAGCGGACCAAGAACAAACGCAUCCAAGAACUCCUGGAGGAGAAGCGGAACUUCCUGCUCCGGAGAAAGAGGGGGCAGGCGGCGCGGUGACUCGGCGCCCGCCGCCGCUUGGUUUUGGUUUCUCUUAUAGAGAAAAACCUCAG